AUAAACACUGAAAAUCAUGACCCAGCCAAGUUAACACACAAUUUUAACCAUCACAGUUACAAUCAAGUGAGCAAGUUAAUACACAGAGUUUGAGAAGUGCCAGCUUUACCUCUGUAUUUCACUGUUUGUGUCUCUUUUUUUUUUCCUAUGAAAUUUUGUCCAAUCUACUUUUGAACAACCCACGGGAGGAUUUUUGGAUUACCUUGUCAGUGAACACUUUUUUUUUUUUAAUUAGCAGCAAAUUUUCUAAAGUCAAAUUCAUGAAACAAUGGCUUAAUUAAAAAAAAAAAUUAUUACCACAAGGCUGUGUGUUGUGAAGGAUCAAGAUUCUUAAAUGUUAGCAAACUCCAUGUAUGUGAUUGCAAGGUUAUGUGCAUUUUAAAUGUGACUUGGUUUAUAAUAGUGGUUUUCAACCCUGGAUGCACCAGAGAGUAACUUGGAGAGCUUAAAAAUCAACACAUCCUCCACUAGACCAAUUAAAUCAGGAUCUCUGGGAGUAAGGAAUCUGUUUAAGAGCUCUGUCUGUAAUUCUGAUGAACAACCAGAAUUGACAACUUCAAGUCUAAUGGAAAACAACAAGCUUAAGGACCAGAUAAAUAAUAAUCUGAAGAUUUUUGUGUAUAUACCAAAUAUUUGAAUCGGUAUGGUUUGUUGUAUGAGCUUGCCAUCUCAUUAUUUUCCACCCACUGAAAAAUAUAAUAAUCUAUUUUUAAAUAACGUUUUAAUUCUUAAGUUUUAUGAGGUCUGCAUCUGAUUAUAGGUUAAUAUGAUAGUUCAAAAUUUUAAGUAGAAAAUAUCACUAGUGAUUUCCUUUCCUUUCCUUGGCAGUUUGCAAAGAGCUAAAUAGUAUGGUACAAUUAUCCUUCACCAGGUACCAUUAUCUGUUAUGGUUUCAGUUCAGUUGGACAGAUAUAUUUAUGAUUUACUCUGUUCAAUCACAGUACUAGAUACUGUGGAGGCUACCAAGAUGAAAAACAAAUUCCCUGACUCUAAUUAUUUACACUGUAGAAAAGAAGAUGAUGAACCCAUUGCCAUUGAGUCAAUUCCAACUCAUAGCGACCCUAUAGGACAGAGCAGAACUGCCCCAUAGGGUUUCCAAGGAACGGCUGGUAGAGUUGAACUGCCGAACUUUUGUUAGCAGCUGAACUCUUAACCACUGCGCCACCAGGGCUCCAGAAGAAGAUGAGCGAAUAUUAAACUAUAAUAUAAGGUAGAUCAUGAUAAGCCCUGAAAUAAAGGUACAAAAUGGUAAAGUGACUCAAAGGAAGAACUGUCAGCUUGUUGGGGAGUUGCAAAAGCCUGUUUUAAACCCUGCUUUUUGCUUUUGCCAUCACCAACUAUCAUCCUUCACCUGGAGAAAUAAACCUCAACUGUUGGUACAAUAUGCUGCUAAUAUUUUCUGACAACUUGUAGCAUGGAUAAAGCAAGAUUCCUUUAAUAUCCUCAGCGGUUAAUGAGAAAAUAGAAACCUGUCUAUAUGGACUCUCUGCUUCCUUUUUUACGGUCGAAUGAUUAAAGCUUUGUGAUUCUGCUUCCUAGUAGUGCUCUCUAAAUUUCAUGUGAGCUAAAUCUAAUUAUUCAAGUAAUUUAUGGUGAUUUCUGUUCCCCUCAUUACUCUGCAACUAACUAGGUGGACAUUUGUGUUACUACCAAUGAGCAGGUGACAGAAAUGUGUGAUUACUUAUGUAAGGUGUUAUUGCAAGAUUGCUUAAAAAAUUAAAUUAGAAUCUAUAUUUCUGUACUCUUAGGCUGUUAUAAAGGAGUCCUGGUGGCACAAUGGUUAAGCACUUGGCUGCUAACUGAAAGGCUGGCAAAAAUAAGAGUACUUACAAAAUCAAGAUUCCCAAAGGCUGUUACAUCUAGUAUAAUGGAGUGGAGACAUUCCUGCACUGCAUGUGUAUUCCUGAGGAUUAAACUGCCAGAAAGAGCCUACAGAACAACUAUAAAGGGAUAGGAAUAUGUUAAUUGAAACAUCUAAGAGCUUUGGAUAUCACCAAAAGGACAUGAGAACUAACCAAAAUUUCCAGAGUGUGGAUUUUUUGGCAUGUAUGAUAAAAUUCUUCUCUUCCGCCAUGACAUGAACUCAGAAAAUAUUUUGCAGCUGAUUACCUCAGCAGAGGAAAUACAUGAAGGAGACCUAGUAGAAGUUGUUCUUUCAGCUUUGGCCACAGUAGAAGACUUCCAGAUUCGUCCACAUACUCUCUAUGUACAUUCUUACAAAGCUCCUACUUUUUGUGAUUAUUGUGGUGAGAUGCUUUGGGGAUUGGUACGUCAGGGACUGAAAUGUGAAGGCUGUGGAUUAAAUUAUCAUAAACGAUGUGCCUUCAAGAUUCCAAAUAAUUGUAGUGGAGUAAGAAAGAGACGUCUGUCAAAUGUAUCGCUGCCAGGACCUGGCCUCUCAGUUCCAAGACCCCUACAGACUGAAUGUGCAGUCCCUUCGAAUGAAGAGUCACAUGUUCACCAAGAACCAAGUAAGAGAAUUCCUUCUUGGAGUGGUCGCCCAAUCUGGAUGGAAAAGAUGGUAAUGUGCAGAGUAAAAGUUCCACACACAUUUGCUGUCCACUCUUAUACCCGUCCCACAAUAUGUCAGUACUGCAAGCGGUUACUGAAAGGCCUCUUUCGUCAAGGAAUGCAGUGUAAAGAUUGCAAAUUCAACUGCCAUAAACGCUGUGCAUCUAAAGUACCAAGAGACUGCCUUGGAGAGGUUACUUUCAAUGGAGAACCUUCCAGUCUGGGAACAGAUACAGAUAUACCAAUGGACAUUGACAGUAGUGACAUAAACAGUGACAGUAGUCGGGGCUUGGAUGACAUAGAGGAGCCAUCUCCUCCAGAAGAUAAAAUGUUCUUCCUGGAUCCAUCUGAUCUUGAUGUAGAAAGAGAUGAAGAAGCUGUUAAAACAAUCAGUCCAUCAACAAGCAAUAAUAUUCCGCUAAUGAGGGUUGUACAGUCCAUCAAGCACACGAAGAGGAAGAGCAGCACAAUGGUGAAGGAAGGAUGGAUGGUGCAUUACACCAGCAGGGAUAACCUGAGAAAGAGGCAUUACUGGAGACUUGACAGCAAAUGUCUAACAUUGUUUCAAAAUGAAUCUGGAUCAAAGUAUUAUAAGGAAAUCCCACUUUCAGAAAUUCUCCGUGUAUCUUCGCCACGUGAUUUCACAAACAUUUCACAAGGCAGCAACCCGCACUGUUUUGAGAUCAUCACUGACACUAUGGUAUACUUUGUGGGUGAGAACAACGGGGACAGCUCUCACAAUCCAGUUCUUGCUGCCACUGGAGUUGGACUUGAUGUAGCACAGAGCUGGGAAAAAGCAAUUCGUCAAGCUCUCAUGCCUGUCACCCCUCAAGCAAGUGUUUGCACUUCUCCAGGGCAAGGGAAAGAUCACAAAGAUUUGUCUACCAGUAUCUCUGUAUCUAAUUGUCAGAUCCAGGAGAAUGUGGACAUCAGUACCGUUUACCAGAUCUUUGCAGAUGAGGUGCUUGGUUCAGGCCAGUUUGGCAUUGUUUAUGGAGGAAAGCAUAGAAAGACUGGAAGGGAUGUGGCUAUUAAAGUAAUUGAUAAGAUGAGAUUCCCCACAAAACAGGAAAGUCAACUCCGUAAUGAAGUGGCUAUUUUACAGAAUUUGCACCAUCCUGGGAUUGUAAACCUGGAAUGUAUGUUUGAAACCCCAGAAAGAGUCUUCGUAGUAAUGGAAAAGCUGCACGGAGAUAUGUUGGAAAUGAUUCUAUCUAGUGAGAAAAGUCGGCUUCCGGAACGAAUUACUAAAUUCAUGGUCACACAGAUACUUGUUGCUUUGAGGAAUCUACAUUUUAAGAAUAUUGUGCACUGUGAUCUAAAGCCAGAAAACGUACUGCUCGCAUCAGCAGAGCCAUUUCCUCAGGUGAAGCUGUGUGACUUUGGUUUUGCCCGCAUCAUUGGUGAGAAGUCCUUCAGGAGGUCUGUGGUGGGAACACCAGCAUACUUGGCACCGGAAGUUCUUAGAAGCAAAGGUUACAACCGCUCUCUGGACAUGUGGUCCGUGGGAGUCAUUGUCUACGUGAGCCUCAGUGGCACGUUUCCUUUUAAUGAAGAUGAAGAUAUAAAUGACCAAAUCCAAAAUGCUGCAUUUAUGUACCCACCAAAUCCAUGGAGAGAAAUUUCUGGUGAAGCAAUUGAUUUGAUAAACAACCUACUUCAGGUGAAGAUGAGAAAACGUUAUAGUGUUGACAAAUCUCUUAGUCAUCCCUGGCUACAGGACUAUCAGACUUGGCUUGAUCUUCGAGAAUUUGAAACUCGCAUUGGAGAGCGUUACAUUACACAUGAAAGUGAUGAUGCCCGCUGGGAAAUAUAUGCAUACACACACAACCUUGUAUACCCAAAGCACUUCAUUAUGGCUCCCAAUCCAGAUGAUAUGGAAGAAGAUCCUUAAGUAUCAAAGAGCUAACUUCAAUAAGGAAGGAUUUCAUUUUACGAACUGACACUUGGCUGCACAACUGUUGUUCUUUGUAGGUUGUCGUCUGCGAGGAUGCAAAGACACAAGGAAGUAUGAUAAGGAAUCGGCAACACCAAUACUGUAGCGCAUAGUGAGUAGGUAGAGGAGGGGAAACAGCAAUAAAAACUCAUAAUAGAAUCAAGACAAAGCUUUUUAUAAACUUUUAUAACAUAAGCAAUAACUUUUUUCCCCUAAUUCUUCACUUGGUACAAUAGUGGCACUUAAUUUAUCUUCCCUUUCCUGUUCUUACAUUAUUUAAAAGGAAAAAGGAAAAAAAAGGCAAGCCAGGGUCCAGUUAUUGCAUACGAAGAGUUGUGAGGUCGAAUACUGUAGGGUUUGCAUUUAAGAGAUCACUGAGAGGCUCCAGUGUUACAAGGACUUCAAACAUUUGUGUAACUGAGCGCAAAGGCAUUGAGCAGCUUAGAUACCUAGAAAAGGGAGAGCUGGGCUGUUUUACCCUUUUUGUUUUGUUUUGAGAUCAAUCAAGAUUCCAAAACAGUGAUUCUUAACUUUUUGUGGAGUUACAACUCUCAAUAUGCUCUACAAACAAAAAUUAAAUUGUCACCUUUUCAGAGUAUUGUUAACACACUAUCAGAUAAUGUGGGAUGACUGAUGUUACCAAGCUAGCACUGGGAACUGCUGGUCUAAGUGCUGAGCUUCAGUAUGUCUUUCCAGAGCUCAGCUCCGCUGCUGCUUACGUUCCCACUGACGCCUCUGGGAUGCCACAGUUGGGUUCCACCAUUCAGUGAGUACAGAGCUGAAAUUUAAUUAUACAAUUUAUCCUUACACUGGGUUGAUUAAUAUGAGGGGAAAAGUUAAAUACAUAUGGAAAACAAGGCCAGUGCAGGGUCAGUUAAUGCUGUAGGAAAGAAGAGCAAACUGUAUCCUUUUAUUCUUCACCUACUGCAGACUUCACAGAUACCUGGAAGCAUAGGGGAAAGGAGGGUGGAGCAGGAAAGUUUAUAAGAAUGGGGCUAUAUUGUCAGCAGAGGAAAUGAAAGAAGGAAAUCAGCAUUUUUUACAUUUCAGCUCCAGUAGUCAGGUAAAGAAAUUUUUUUUACUACUCUGAAAUAAUACUCAACUUAUGAGGCUACACUUUUUCAUAACUCUUUAAAGUGGUUACUAAUAGCUUUUCCCUCCAAAAAAGUUUAAGAUCUGGGACCAUCCAUUUGUAAGAAAUCUAGUAGCUUUUUUCCCCAUCAUUCUUGAGUAAUCAUUGUAAACCUUUUUUAACUCCAAGAAGUAUAAUGUAAAAAGAACAAAAUAUUUGGAGUCAGAAAAUCUGGGUUUAAGUCUUGGCUCCAUUAUUUAGACAAUCUAUCUGAGCCUUGAGCACCUCAGUCUGUAAAAUGAAGAUAAUAAUCCUUGCCCCUACCUUCCUCACAGGAUGGUUGUGAAGAUCAAGUAUGUAUGAAUGUAUUCAAUAAACUGAAAACUAUGAAAGUGUUGACUGUCACUGCCCACUGAAUUUGAGGUAAUAAAGGAGAAGAAUGUUCCUGUAUAGACUAGACUAGAGAGCCCUCUAGGGAUCACUAAAGCUCCUCCCUUAUGUACAGCUAAAAGUAUCCUUGAGAAAAUGAUAGCAGACACUUCAGUGCAGUGCUGCUAUAUUCUCAGGUCUUUACAUGUUUGAAACUCAUUACCCUCACAACAACCGUGAGGUAAGUACAUUAUGAAUCCAUCUUGCAGAUGAGGAAAUUGAGGCACAGAGAAAUUAAGGAACUGCUUGCCAAAGGUCACAGAGUUAAUAUAUGAAUUUGAACCCCAGCAGUGUGGCUGCAGAGUCCGUCUUAACCCUCUUAACCAUUAUGCUGUACUGCCUACACAUACAUGGCAUAGCAUCUCUCAGUAGUUUGUUCCCAUUUAGGAGUUUUAAAAAUUAACUUUGAAAAAAAGGUUUUAGAAGUGUAUUUUCCAUGUGAUAAAGGGUGACACCUCCAAAGUUAAUCUCUUUAUAUCAACGUUCAUAGAAUGGAAUAAUUCCAGGCCACCUGGCACCCUACUGUGGUUUUACUGCGUAAGGUAAAAAUUAACUGGAAUGAUGUCAUUUGCUAUACUUAAAUAAUCAAACUUUACAAGCCAUGAAAUUAAUUGCACUCUUUUUUAUGUUGUUGAAUGCCUAAGUUUUCUAAAAAAAUUUGUAAAGUCACUGUCAGAUAAUUUGGAGUAAUUACUCCAGAUACUGUAUAACCUGCAUAACCUUUUGUCUUGAGGUCAUUUGUAUAAGAAAUAUUUGUUUGCUAGAAACAUUUGAUAAUGUACAAAGUCGUCUAUAAUGACAUUGUUCAGUACAUUUUUAUAUUUUUUGUUACAUCCCACUUUUUGUAAAUAUCCUCAAAGAAACUUGAUAAUAAAAUGUAUUUCCGUAUCACCAUCUACUUUUCCAUGUGAAAACCUGAGCCUAUGUCCAGUAGAAGUAUCCAAAGAAAAUUUUAUUACCCAGGCCUCGGGAACAGAACUAUUUUGGAAAUCGUAUUUGUAAAUGGAACUAACGCUAUAUUUAAGAAUGCUUUUUUUAAAAAAUUUGCCUAA